AUGGGGGAUUUCAAUGAAAUUGUGCAUAUAGAUGAGAGGAAAGGGGCGACAGGUCUAUCAGCAACCGCUGAAGACUUCAGAGCAUUGAUAAAUGAUAUGGAGUUGGUGGACUUAACGCUUAAUAAUCUCAAGUAUACAUGGUUUAGAGGACAGUCUUGUAGUCGUAUUGAUAGAUGCCUGGAAGAAUGGAUAGGGUUGGAAGAUGCUCAGUUUCUGGAUAAGCUGAAGGCGUUAUCAAAACCGCUAGGUAGAUGGCACAAGCGGCACUUUAGGAAUAUACCUGAAAAUAUAAAAAGGUUUGAGGAUGAGAUCAACAAAGUGGAUGACAUGGUCAGUAAUGGGGUUUAUGAUGGUACAAUCGAAGCAAGAAGAAAGGCGCUAGUGAGGUGCUGUGAACUGUGGUAUACGAGGAAAGAUAUACACUGGAAACAAAUGUCCAGGUCUCGGCAUGCCAAGGAGAUGGACAGGAAUACAAGAUAUUUCCACAACAUUGUAUCAGCGAGAAGAAGAAAUAACAAGAUUGAGUCUUUAGUCAUUAACGGGAGGUUGGUUAGGAAUCAUGCAAGGAUCAAGGUCGCUAUUAGAGAUUUCUAUAGGAAAUUGUUCCAACAGGAAGUUACGCCAAAUAUAAGCUUUCGAGAUGGUCUAGUCAACCGGUUGGGGAUAGAGGAAACUCAAGUGUUAGAGAUGUUACCGUCGGAGGAGGAAGUGAAGGAUGCAGUAUGGGAUUGCGAAUCAUCUAAGACGCCGGGUAGUGAUGGGUAUAACAUGAACUUUAUAAAAAUGUGCUGGGAUGAGAUUGGAGUGAAAUUUACUAAAACUGUGAUGACUUUCUUUGAGACAGCAAAGCUACCAAUAGAUUCCAAUAUUACUUGGGUAGUGUUGGUACCGAAAUUUGUGGGCACAAAGGAGAUAAAGGAGAAUGAGAAUGAGAAGUGUAAUGCCAGAUGGGGUUCGGGAGAAGAUGGAGGGCAUGGAUUGGAGAAUGUAUCAGAUCAGCAUCUAUCUCCAUAUUGGUUAACGGGUCAUCAUCGAACUGUUCAGGAUGGAAAGGGGCCUGUGGCAAGGUGA